AUGAUGUCAGACGACCACCCGGCGGAUUCUCAGAGUCCUUCGAGACUUGACAUCUUUUCGCAUCCUAGUCCGAGUCAGGACUCAUGGGAGGCAAAACAGGAGAGAAUAAAGAGAGCCGAGGAGCUCAGAGUACUCGGAAAUGAAAGUUUUAAGCUCGGCUACUUGGAAUCCGCGAUAAACUACUACACAAGGGCAAUUGAGCUCAAUCCAGACAAUCACGAGUAUUACACGAACAGAGCACUUUGCUAUAAGCGACAGCAAAAGUGGGAAAUGGUCGAAUCGGAUGUUAGACAGGCCCUAAACUUGGAGGAAAACUCGGUAAAGGCUCACUAUUUGCUCGGUCAAGCCCUGGUCCAUUUAGGAAACACCAACGAAGGUCUCAAAAAGCUUAAAAAGGCAAAAUGUCUCUCCGAACAUUACAAGGUCCCGUAUAGUGACGAGAUUGACAAUGAGAUUAUGAAGGUCAAGAAGCAACUUUGGCUCGAGGAGGAUGCAAAGUUUAUGGAUGUCCUUCAUUCCUUCAAGAGCUAUGCGCAGGAUCUGAUUAUGGGACAAGAGACUGAGGAGUCCUGCACAGAGAGAAUAAAUCAGUUGGAGGCAGUUACAAACGCAGCAAUGGGCUCAAAAGAUCGCACUAUUCCGAGCUAUCUUUGCUGCAAGAUAUCCAUGUGCAUAAUGAAGGAUCCUGUGAUCUCGUCCAGUGGCCUAACGUAUGAACGGGAAUUGCUUGAAAUGCACCUUCGGUCAAACGGUGAAUUUGAUCCGAUUACCAGGGAACCUUGCAAGUUGUCUAAUUUAAUACCAAACUAUUACAUAAAGGAAGCUGUGGAGUUCUUCUUGGACAAGAAUCCGUGGGCUUAUGAUGAUUACUAUGGUUCGUGA